AUUUUGAUGAAUAUUUUCUUUCAAUGCUGCUAUCUGACACCCAAUUUUUAAUGGAAUAUGGUGAAACACCAGAUAUUGAACUCGCAAGAACACUCAAGGAAUCUGAUAUUUGUGAGGUUCUUUCAGAUCUUGAUUCCAUAGAGGAUAGACCAGAUAGAAUAGAAGCUGAAUAUAAUGGAAGAAAGUUUACAAUUGGUCUUGAACGUUUCCAAGUCGUCGAACCUAUUUUCAACCCUCAUCUAAUAAAUAGGGAAGGGGUUCUUUCUUUACCUGAGGCUAUUUAUCGGGCAAUAUCUUAUUGCGAGCCAGACAAACGAGCUACAUUAUGGGAGAAUAUUGCGUUUACUGGUGGUUCAUCUUUACUUAAAGGCUUUAAAGAACGUCUUGAAAAAGAGUUAAAUGUAUUUCUUUAUACUUCGGACAAUGCUGGCGAAUACCAAAUCAAAGAAGCAAGAUUUUUAAAAUUACCCGAGUAUUUUUCAACUCUUAAAGAUAGACCGGAAUUAGUUGGAUACCUGGGUGCUGCCAUUACAGCUAAAAUAAUCAUUCAACGAUUUGGCUAUCACUAUUUCGAAUUCGAAAUGCCACCACCUAAAACUUCUGGCAAAAAUUUGGAAUCCGAAAGUACGUUACAGGCCGUCAUUCUUGCUGAUAGUUUUAAUGAACGAUUCCGUCCCAUAACCCUUGAUAGGCCACGA